CCGAGGCGCAGGAGGCGCUUGCGGUCUUUCCGGGCUAGCUAGGCACGCACCAACCCUAUAAAUGAGGCUUUCCCCUCCUUCAUUUUGGACCUGAGCUUACCUGCAACAACAACCACCGCACAAUAGGAGGACACAGUACAGGACGCAGGAGAAGCUGCACACGGCGCGAGUAUUCCUUCCUUGCAACGUUCGGCGAUGGAGGGGUCAACGAAUCCGGAGCAUGUGAUUGGGAUCCCGGUGAACAGCACGGCGUACGGCAUAGAGGAGCCCGAGUUCCCGGCAGAGGAGGCGACCCCAGAUCAUGGCGGAUUCGUCGGUUCCUUCGCCCAAUCCAACAACGAUUCUAACAGCUCCAGGACGGCACCCGAUCAGACGAGCGAAGUUCGCAGGACGGGGGGCAAGAAAAAGAUUGCUCGGGGCAUCAAAGAACACGUGACUCUCGGGCCAAAGCUAUCGGAAACGGUCAAAGGGAAGCUAACGCUGGGCGCGAGGAUCCUCCAAGCCGGCGGCGUGGAGAAGGUGUUCCGGCAGUGGUUCUCCGUGGACAAGAACGAGAGGCUCAUCAGGGCCUCGCAGUGCUACCUGUCGACGACGGCGGGGCCGAUCGCCGGGCUGCUCUUCGUGUCGACGGAGCGGGUCGCGUUCCGCAGCGACCGGCCGCUGGCGGUGACCGCACCGGACGGCGAGAAGCUCCGCGUGCCGUACAAGGUGACGAUACCGCUGCGGAAGGUGAGGCGGGCGGUGCCGACGGAGAACAAGCACAAGCCCGAGCAGCGGUACAUCGAGGUCGUCACCAACGACGGCUUCGAGUUCUGGUUCAUGGGCUUCGUCAGCUACCACAGGUCGCUGCACCACCUGGAGCAGGCCGUCGCGCAGGCAGCACGAUGACGAUUGCUUCACACGGCCGCUGGGGAUGAUCGUGCUUGAUUAAAUUCUCGCUUCGAUUGUCCGUGUGCGUCUUGUGCUGCUGUUUUAGAUGGGGUUAUAGGAUUUGUGCAUGUGUAGGUUAAUUGCGGUUGCAACAUGUCGUUGUAUAUGCUAGUGCAUGACGGCAGGUGAUCUUUUGGGUGGGGUUUGGGGGAAGAUGGAAUUCAUGAACAAGUUGGGAAAAGAAAAUGGUUUGGUGGCAAUGGUGCUGUGACGAAGUUUCUCAUAUCCAUUCUUUUCUAGAAAAGAUAAAGAUAAUACUACUAUAUUGAAAUGGUAUUGUACUACUACUCCACUACCAUACAGCUGAACAAUGUCCUUUCCGAUGGCAUACAAAGCUGUCAUUCAAUAUGUUUAAUUCCAAA